AAGCAUUACUACCGCACCUCAACAAAAACUAUUUCCAUCAUCAUCAGUUGUCUUUCCAAAGUCUAAAUUAUAACAUUUCUCACUCAAAUAACUUUCUAGAAUUUUGCCGCCUAGAAACUUUGGAACUUACUCUUACAAUAAUUACAGCUACAACGUUAUUGGCGAACUAGUUAGGGUUUCAGACGACCUAGAGACAUAAAUCUAGAUAGAUAUAGAUAGCUGGUUCUGAGUUAUUGGAUGUUGAGGAAAAAUGGGCUGCAUACAGUCCCGAACAAGUAAUAUACAAGCAUUACAAGAUGAAGAGUUAGUAGAAGGUGAAAAACUGGAUCUACUUAAUGGAGGAGAACAUCGAGAUCAGGAUGAUAUAAAUCAAGUUGUUCCUGUGUUUAAAGAAUAUAGUUUAUCUGAACUUAAACUAGCAACUAAUGGAUUUAGCAGUGAUAAAAUUGUAUCAGAAAGUGGUGAAAAAGCUCCAAAUGUUGUUUACAAAGCUAAACUUGAUAAUGGUAGAUUCGUUGCUGUUAAACGUUUCUCUAGAUUAUCUUGGCCUGAUUCUCAACAAUUCAUUGCUGAAGCUUCUGGGGUUGGAAAAUUACGGCAUAAGAGAUUAAUGAAUUUGAUUGGAUGUUGUGGCGAAGGAGAAGAACGGCUAUUAGUUGCUGAGUUCAUGCCUAAUGAUACUCUUUCUAAACAUCUCUUUCACUGGGAUAAGCAGCCAUUGCCAUGGGAAAUGCGAUUGAGAGUUGUGAAUUAUAUUGCACAGGCACUUGAUCAUUGCAAUACUGAGAAUCGGAAGAUAUAUCAUGAUUUGAAUGCAUACAGAGUUCUUUUUGAUGAGGAUGGUGAUCCUCGUCUAUCUAGCUUUGGCCUGAUGAAAAAUAGUCGAGAUGGGAAAAGCUAUAGUACAAAUCUCGCUUAUACUCCACCAGAGUUUUUACGGACAGGAAGGGUCAUCCCAGAAAGCGUGAUAUAUAGUUAUGGAACUGUUCUUUUGGAUCUGUUGAGUGGGAAGCAUAUCCCUCCUAGCCAUGCCUUAAACUUGAUAAGGGGAAAGAAUGUAUUGGUCGUGAUGGAUUCGUCACUGGAGGGGCAGUACGCUAAUGAGGAUGCUACCAAAUUGGUCGAACUCGCUUCGAAGUGUCUUCAAUCUGAGGCUAGAGAUAGACCAAAUACUAAAUUUCUCGUUUCAGCGGUAGCUCCCCUUCAAAAGCAGACAGAGGUGGCAGCGCUUAGUCUAAUGGGUCUGCAAAAAGUUGCAGCCCCCACACCGGCAGUGCUUUCUCCUCUUGGAAAAGCUUGUGCAAGAAUGGAUCUUACUGCUGUGCAUGAUAUCCUACUUAAAACAGGUUAUAGGGAUGAAGAGGGAGCAGAGAAUGAGCUUUCAUUUCAAGAAUGGACACAGCAAGUGCAAGAGAUGUUGAAUACAAAGAAAUUUGGGGACAUUGCGUUUAGAGACAAGGAUUUUAAAAACGCCAUAGAUUAUUACUCAAAGUUAGUUGUGAUGAUGCCCAUUGCAUCAGCUACUGUCUUUGCAAGGAGAGCACUCUCUUACUUAAUGAAUGGGCAGCCUGAACUUGCUCUUCGAGAUGCUAUGCAAGCUCAGGUGUGCAUGCAUGAGUGGCCCACUGCUUUCUAUUUGCAAGCGCUAGCGCUCUCAAAACUUGGAAUGGAAACCGAUGCCCAAGACAUGUUAAAUGAUGGAGCGGCAUUUGAAGCCAAGAAACAAAACAGUUGGCGCAAUUAAACCUUGCAAGUUGUGACAGGAAUGUUGAUCUCCUUCAGUUCUACGUGUUGGGGUUGGGUUAAGAAAGGAAAGCGAAGUUUGUACUGUAGUGGCAUAGAAAAUAAUGUAUAAAGCUAUGUUAAGAAGAUAUAGAAAUAAGUAGGAAAACAUUAUUUUAAUUGUGAACAUAACUAGCAGAUCAAGGAAGAGCUUGAAAGAGGUUUUAUGGAAGUACAGAUCCGUAAUAUCACUAGGAGGGGUAGAACAAGGGCUACGCUGACCCUGGCUCCAGCCCCAAAAGCGUUCUUCUUGUUCUUAGUUCUAACUACUGAAUAAAUUUGGCUGAGAAAAUGUGUG